AUGAGAGUUAAAAGUAUAAUGAUUUCUGAACUUUAUAUAAUGCAGGCUGGUUUUACUCUGAGUCCAACUCUCUUUGGAAAUUUCUAUUGGAUAUUUAACUUGUUUUACGGUCAACAUGGAAUCCUAGCCGUUGAAACCUUUGCAAACUUGGGAAUAAUGUACUAUGUGUUCCUAAGUGGAUUAGAAAUGAAUUCAGACACCAUCUUAAGAUUAAGGAAGAAAGGUACAAGCAUAGCGAUUGCUGGCAUUGUGACACCAAUGUUAUUUGGUGUUGGAUUUCUAGCUAUACAAAAAAAGCUACUAGAUAAAAAUGAUGCUUUCUCACAAACACCAAAAUAA